AAUUACAGGUUAUUUACAGCUCAAAAAUGGGGUGCUGUGUUAAUGACUAACUGGUGGUUAAUUUAAGUUACUAUGUCUUUCUUCGAUCAAUGCUAAGUUUCAAAGCAUGUUACUGAUAUCAAUACCUGUCCUGUCACCAGCUACAAUGGGAGGACUGGCAAUGGGUUUUCUCCUCGGGUACUCUUCUCCAGCCGGGCCUCUCCUUUUGGAUAACUCAACUGACGACCAACACAAGUCUUUACAGCUGAGCCAUGAGGAGUACAGCUGGUUCUCAUCGUCAGUUAACCUCGGCGCAGCAGCUGGAGGGGUGCUGGGCGGUGUGAUGAUCAGCACACUGGGUAGAAGAUUCACCAUGAUGAUCUCGGUCAUACCUUACCUGGGCGGCUGGGCGCUCAUUGGAGGUGGACAAAAUUUCUUCAUGCUGAUGACAGGGCGAGUAUUGACAGGAGUGUGUAUGGGAGUCACUUGCAUUGCAGUUCCAACCUACAUUGGUGAAUUCGCCUCUGCUGAUAUCAGAGGCACCUUGGGAAGUGGGUUUCAAGUGAUGGUGACUGUAGGAAUACUGCUGGCAUACAUUGUUGGUGCAGUACUCGUCUCAUGGCGCUGGUUGGCUGCAGUCAGCGCCGCUCCAACCCUUGUUUACCUGCUGAUGAUGUACUUCACUAAGGAGUCUCCAACAUUCCUCCUCUCUAAAGGAAAAGACGAGGAAGCGAAUGAUUCUCUACGGUAUUUUAGAGGUGCUCACUAUAACAUACAGUUAGAGAUGUCCACGAUCAAGAGAACACUGGAUGAUGCCAAACGCAGCAAGGCGUCAUUUAGGGACAUACUGAAGCCAUUCAACAUGAAGCCUCUUCUCAUCUGCCUUUCCAUCUUGUUCUUUGCUCAGUGCUCGGGAGUUACAGCCGUUCUCUUCAACAUGGCAAUUGUUUUCAAGGACUCUGGCAGCAAGAUGUCCGAGGCAGGGAGCUCUGUGAUCAUUGCUGGUGUGCAAGUGGUAGCCACAGUGCUUGGAGCAGGACUCAUGGAUAAAGUGGGAAGACGGAUCCUGCUUGUUCUUGCCGCUGCCUUCAUGUCCUUUUCUAAUGUAAGCCUUGGUGUGUUCUUCUACAUGAAGGAGAAAGACAGUGCGUGGGCACUGGAGUCCCUGGGUUGGUUGCCACUCACCUCUCUCAUAGUCUUCAUCACAGCUUACUCAGUUGGCUUCGGUCCCACCGUCUGGGUCCUAAUAGGUGAACUGUUCUCUCCUGCGGUGAAGGAAGCAUCAGCCAGCUUGGUCACCUUAGUCAACUGGACCACUUCAUUCCUCGUUACUCUCACCUUCCUCCCACUCCAGAUGGCCCUGGGCGACUACAGCGCUUUCUGGCUUUUUGGCGGGAUGUGUCUGGUGGCUCUAGUGUUUACCCUCCUGGUGGUGCCGGAGACCAAGGGAAAAACACUGCAGGAAAUAACGGCACAUUUCGGUGGCCUGGCUGUUGCAGACACCCGGAGUGAUCACACUCAAUAGUAACUUAUACCAAAAAUCAA